GCCGCCGCCGCCAUGAAGCCUGGGCCGCCGCACCGCGCCGGGGCCGCGCACGGGGCAGGCGCCGGGGCCGGGGCCGCCGCCGGGCCCGGGGCCCGCGGGCUGCUGCUGCCGCCGCUGCUGCUGCUGCUGCUGGCCGGGCGCGCCGCGGGGACUCAGCGCUGGCGCAGCGAGAACUUUGAGAGGCCCGUGGACCUUGAAGGCUCUGGGGACGACGACUCCUUCCCCGAUGAUGAACUGGAUGAUCUCUACUCGGGGUCGGGCUCAGGCUACUUCGAGCAGGAGUCAGGCAUUGAAACAGCUGUGCGGUUCAACCCAGAUGUGGCCCUGGCAGUGUCCACCACCCCUGCUGUGCUGCCCACCAUGGACAUCCAACCAGUGGGCACCCCAUUUGAAGAACUCCCCUCUGAGAGCCCCACCCCGGAGCCAGCCACCAGCCCCCCUGUGGUGACAGAGGUCGCAGAAGAGCCAAGCCAGAGAGCCACCACCAUCUCCAUUCCCACGGCCACCACUGCUGCCACGACCACAGGAGCCCCGACCAUGGCCACAGUGCCUGCCACCGUGGCCACUGCUGCCCCCAGUGUCCCUGCGGCAGCCCCCACCACGGCCACCACCUCUGUCAUAAGGACCACCGGCACAUGGAGGCUUCUGCCUCUUCCCCUGACCACUGCAGCCACAGCCCGGGCCACCACCCCAGCGGCACCCUCGCCUCCCACCACAGAGGCCUUGGACACAGAGGCCCCAACACCCAAGCUGGUGAGCACAGCUACCUCCAGGCCAAGAGCCCUGCCCAGACCAGCUACCAGCGAAGAGCCUGACAUCCCUGAGAAGAGCACCCUGCCGCUGGGGACCACUGCCCCUGGACCUACAGAGGUGGCUCAGACCCCAACUCCGGAGUCCUUCCUGACCACGUUCCGGGAUGAACCUGAGGUGCCAGUGAGUGGGGGUCCAAGUGGGGACUUUGAGCUACCAGAGGAAGAAACCACACAGCCAGACACAGCCAAUGAGGUGGUGGCCGUGGGUGGAGCCACAGCCAAGCCCUCACCUCCACCCGGAGUGCUGCCCAAGGGUGCCCCCCCAGGCCCGGGCCUCCUCGACAAUGCCAUCGACUCAGGCAGCUCGGCUGCUCAGCUGCCUCAGAAGAGCAUCCUGGAGCGGAAGGAGGUUCUCGUAGCUGUGAUUGUGGGCGGGGUGGUGGGCGCCCUCUUCGCCGCCUUCCUGGUCACUCUGCUCAUCUACCGCAUGAAGAAGAAGGACGAGGGCAGCUAUACGCUGGAAGAGCCCAAGCAGGCGAGCGUCACGUACCAGAAGCCUGACAAGCAGGAGGAGUUCUAUGCCUAGCGGAGCCACAGUGCCUCCCUGUAGCCUCAGCACCGCCCUUCUGCCCAGUCCCCUGCCUGGGACGGCCCCACCAGCCCUGGCUUGGGACUGGGUCUAUGGGGAGCCUGGCCCCAGUUCAUCUCUGCCCACCCUCAAGGUCUGCCCAGGCUGUGCCCUUAGGAGCUCAUCUCAUUCCCACUCCUGCCCUCACUCCCAGCCCCACCCUGCUUUCCUCCUAGCAGCCUAGGGCUUCAGGACCUCAAGUGAGAUGGGCAGGAGGAAGGAAGCUCCUGAUUGGCUGGUAGAAGAAGGGGUGGGGCUUGCGAAGGGCUUGAGGCCCAACCUGCUCCCUGCUGGGCUGACUGAGGUCUCCUUUUGGGAACAGAGAGGCUUGGGCUGAUUGGUAGGACAAGCAUUUGGCAAGCUCAGCCCUUGAAGUCAUCAAGACACCGCUUGCUCCUCUUCAGGGCUCCUCUCUGCCUGAGUGAGAUGGUACUCCUUGUCACCAGUUUUGUCCUGGUCCCACCAGGAUUGUGGGUUCAUUCUCCAACUCCCACCCCCACCCAAUGCACAGUCACCUCUUUUCCAGUCUGCCCCUGAGGAAUCAGCUUCCUGGGUGCUCUGGCCACUGGUCAGGGGGAGCUGGGUUGCUCUGCCCUCCCUCUUCGUAGUGGAUUCUGUACAGACACCAUCUCCCACAAGGUCACCCACAAAGACAGAAGCAUGCAAUGGCAAAACCAUACACAAUCCUGCCCACCCAGCCAAUCAAGACAUAUUACGGACACGUGCAUUCUUCCAAAGAUGUUUAUUCCCAUGAAUUUCUCACAUACCCCUAACGCUUAUGACAAUGCAAGUCACUAGUCAUCGUCACCCAGUGACGGUGUGACCUGCCUCCCUUCUGUCCUUCCUCCCCACCCCCACACCCUGGCACCACUCUCGUCUCCAGCUUUCAGGCUCACUGGGGAGGGUAGGAUUGAGCGGGAACAAUCAGCCCAUAUUGGGUCCCGAGUUGCCCGGUCACACUCAGCCCCUCACCACGACGCCCACACCAACUGCAUUGCCACUGCCCAAUGUGUCAGCCCGAACCCCAUGUGGAUGCACAAUCUCACACUGGAGGAGGACAGGUGGGCACAGUGUGGUGUGGUGGGGCAUUGCCACAAGUCCCCUCAGGGCACUGCUCACUGCACGCGCGCUGGCCUCCCCUGCCUGCUCCCCUACCCUCUGUAGCCCACCAAGGGCUUGAGUUGGGGCCAGCCCCCCACUGAGAAACGCAGGCUGGUUCCUGGAGUUGGGCCCCCGGGAUGUGGAGGGGGUUGGGUCUCCCGGGACCAGAGGGCUGGGUGGGGAGUGGCAUGCGGUCUGGCUCCUGGCCCCCACUUCCCCUCCUGCUCUGAGCUAGGGGGCCGACUCUGCCUCCCAGGACACGUCUCCAAAGUGCCUGCGAGGGUGGGCCCUGCCGCCGGGCCCUCUGUACCCUCUCCCAUCGGCCUUGCCAGGCCCACCUCAGCCCCACCCUGGGGUUCCCCCAGGCCCUCCCCAUGGACCCCUGCCUGCUCGUUUGGCCAAACAACCUGGCGGUUCUCUUGGCUGGCUGGAUGGCUCGGUUGCUGGAAGCACCAUCCAGGUGCACUGCCCAGGCCCAGGGCUGUGGAUGAGGGAUUAGAACAGGUGGGGUGGGGGUGUACAGGCCCCAGCCCCUCUCCCUUCUUUGUUACCCUUGUAAGUGGGGCCACUUCAGUAGAUAUUUUAAGUGUGGGGUCACAAAUCUUCCUUGGGGGAGGUUGUGUUUGUUGGGGGGCUCUUGUAGCCAAGGAAUGUGGUCUGAGUUGUGGUUGGCUGGUGCUUACACCCCUACCCCUCACCCACAACCCCAACCCAAUCAGGAACCCUGUUUUUUGUUUUUUUUUUUUUCUGUUCCCUUUUCAAGACUUCCUGGCAACAGACUUCUGCAGGGUGAGGGGUGGCGGUGCCCCAGGCGCUGAGGGCAAGGUUGCAGGGAGCUCCCCACAGCCUGUUUUUUCCACCAUCCUGCUUCUGGGCUGGGGUUCCAUUUUUUAGAUCCCAAAGGAUCUCAGCAGAGCCCGGAGGCUUGGAGGAGCCCAACUGGUCCCAGCCCCGCUGUUGAGAGGGUCGGAGUGGGGGAGAGGCAUCCUGACCCACAGUGUUAGAGGUGCCCUCACCUGUGACCCCGGAACACUGGGGCACCCAGGGCAGAGAAGGCAAAAGUCCCAGCCUCCCUCUUCCGGCUCCCUGGUGGGCUGCUGCCUUGGGCGGCAGCUCUGGUGAGAAGGCCUGGGCAGGCCAAGGCUGAGAAACCAGGAGCAUGGAGGAGAUGGGGUGUGGAUCCCCUAGGAAGCUGGGCUGGGUUGGAGUCCCAGCAGUGGGUGCAGCCUUUACCUGGGACUGGAGCUCGAAGUGGGGGCGGGGUCCAGCAUAGCACAGAUCAGGGUUUAGGCUGGCUGGUGAGGGCUGGGAGUGGCUUGUGUCGUCCAGCCUCGCCUCAGUAGGCCCAACCUCCCACAUCCCGAGUUGGUUCAGGCCUUGGGAUUCUUGUCUCUUCUCAGUAUCAUUUGAGAGAAGAGGCCAGGCGUGUCCAACAUGGUGCCCUGGACUCUAGACAAAUGUCCAGGUUUUAUCCUGAUGAAAUUUGACAGCCCAAAUCCACCCCUGCCAGCCACACUUGGGCAAGACAACCCACAAGAGGUUGGUUAAAAGGAGCUGGAGCUCCUAGGUACAUUGGAUGCAGCCCGAUUCCAAAGGAGAGGGAGACUCUGUGGCUUGAGAACCUCUUGGGGAGUUGGGGGCUGCGCCCACCCCCUGGCUAUGACUUCUAGAGCCCAGGCUCUGUCUCUGUGGGGGCCGGAAGGGGCGCCUCUCCUGAAAGGCUGGUCACCUUGAUUGCUGGAGGCGAUGCGUGGCAUCCAGGGCUGGUCAGAAGUCUGCAGGCAGUGGCUUGGGAUGCUAGGGCCAGACCCCCUGGGGUUGGCAAAGCCACCUGUCCAGGCCUCCAGGCUGGGGCCCGGGCACAGGGGACAGACCCAUCUCUGCCUCUGGAGCAGUUGUGGCCGCCACCUCCUCCUCGGCCCUCCUGAAUUUCUUCUGACAGCCAGCCACCAGUCUGGACUUGCCUCCUCAGGCCUCCUGCCUGUAAAUAGAAGCCCACAAACUGUGUACAGAUUUACAGAGACGCCGAGACUGGGUCAGGAGUCGCCGUCCAAGGGCUGAUGACCCCAGCACCCCAGGCGCCCCCGGCGGCCCGGUGCGGCAGCCCCAGCGUGGCAAAUGCAUGUAAAUACUCCGUAGGCAGCGCGGCUCCAGAGAGCCCCCGAAGACAGUGUCCCUCCCGUGUGUCCUUUCUCCUGUACAGAGCCCCCCGAGGACCCGGCCGGAGGUGGGCGGGAGCUUGUCCUUCCCUCCCCUCGGCCUCCCCUGUGCCCCUCCCCCCGUAACCUGUGUAUUAACCACGACUGUCCUGAGUUCAUGGCCAAACUCGGAACAAGGAAAAGCGGAGGAAAAAGACUGGAAAAAGAGACCGAGGCCCUGCCCCUCGCGGGGCCUCGCCUGUCCCAGCCUCGUGAAGGGACUGUUUGGGUUUUUGUUUGUUUUGUUUUUGUUUUUGUUUUUUUAACACUUCCCGUGCUGUGCCCAUUUAUAAUAAGAGGAAAUAAAAUUCAGCUGAAAUGACGCGCUGUGGCCAGAGUAUGAGAUGAACAUGGAGGUCAUGGGGGUGGGGGCAGCCCACGGUCCCCUUUGGACCUCAGCCACCUUCCCUUUUAAAAUAAAUUGAGAACCAAGCAAAGAAAAUUGACCAGCAACCCCUCGCGGGGACCAUUAUGGUCAAAGCUGCCGUGGUGGAGAGUGUUCGGGAAACCACGUUGCUGACUGCGGCCGGGCCGGGCGGGCGCGGCGGUCGGGCAGGGGCCAGGCCGCGGUGGCGCUGGGAGCCCUGCGGUCCGCUCCCAGAGGACGGACUCUGGUUUCAGGCCACAACGAGAACCUGGGGACCGCAGAGUGCUGGAAUCGGGCCGAGGCAGGAUGGCUUUGGAGUCUGAUAGGCUUGAUUCCAAACCCAGGAGGCAGUUCCAAGCUUGGACUCUGGAGAAGCCACUUGGCCUCUGUGAGCCUCACUUUUCUCCCCUGUAAAGUGGAGUAACAACAUCAUCCCCUAAGUGGAGUCGGGCAAGGAUGGCGUGAGGAAGAGCAGCACCCUCCUGGCGCAGCUUCGGCUCACAGGCUCUUCCGUGGCGGUGUCAGAACAGAAUGGAACCCGGGCGUUCCAGGGUCCAAAAGCAGACUGACAGGAUAACUCCUCGUAGGACUGGGAGGGCCUGAGGCCCAGGCCUCCACGCGGAAACCCUCCUUUGGGGCCUCAGGGGCUUCCCUGCCCCUGGUUGCACACCUGUGGCGGAAUGGACGUGUCCUGGGGACUGCGGUCCCUCUGCUUGUUAAGCUCUCAAGUCAGCCGAAAAAUCGAGGAUUUCCCUCCUAUAGCCCUCGUCUUUCUCUGGGGGCACGUGGGAAAACCCUGAGGCACGAGUGUGCCCUUAAGGAUGCCCCUCCAAGGAAACCUCUCCAUUUCCUCCAGAAACUGCUCCUUUUGGUGUGUGGUUGUCACACCGGGUCCUGAUGAUUCUGGGCUGGGUCAGAGUCUAAGGUCCUCAGGAUUUGGGGCAAGAACUGCCCCUCCUCCCUCUCUUUAUUAGUUUCCCGCACACCCACUCUGCCAGGACCUGGGAAACAAGAGGCCACCAAGAUGGACCCAGCACCUGCUUGCAGGGCACUUAGUCCACUGGGGAGCUAGACUGUAGCCAGAGUGGUGACGAUGUAUGACAACAGUCUGGUGGGGGGAAUCUUUCCUCAAUCACCACCUCCAGCCCCCCAGGUAUCCCCCUCCCUGCUAGACAGGUCAGGGUCAGGCCCAAGGCCUGGGCCCUCAUGCUACGUGUUCUCUGAGGCUCCAUCCACUCAGCUAGAAGGUGGGGUGAAGCGGCCAGACCUGCUGUCUCAACCGGACAAACGGUGCUGCGGCCUGGGCCUCUGGGAAGCUGCUGUGAUGGGCAGGGGCUGGGUCUGUCUUGGUGUCUUUCCGUGUUCAAGGCCCAGCUCACGGCAUGGCCCCUCUUCCAGGAAACUUUAGGAAGAGAAUUCUACCCUCUGCUGAGUGCCCGUAGCCGGCCGUUCUCCCACCCUCCUCAGACCCCACCCCCUUCUCCGCUGGCUUCUAGAGAUGUGCUUCCACAUGUUAGUCUCAGCUUGGGAGAGCAGAGAGUGAUGCUGGAGCCAAGUGGAGCCAGCUGUUUGCCCUCGGGACCUUGUUCUACCUCUCUGAGCCUUAGCUUCCUCAUACACAAGGCUGUUGUGGGGAUUAAAUGGGACGAAACAGGCACACCUCAGAGAUAUUGGGGGUUCGGUUCCAUACCACUGCAAUAAAGCCAGUAUCUCAAUCAAGCGAGUCAUGUGAGCGUUUUGGUUUCCCAGUGCAUAUAAAAGUUAUGUUUAUAUUAUACUGUAGUCUAUUAAUGUGCAAUAGCAUCGUGUCUAAAAAAGCAAUGUACAUACCUUAACUUGAAAGUACUUUAUUGCUUAGAAAUGUUAAUAACAUGGUGGAAAAAAUGGCGCUGAUACACUUGCUGGAAGCAGGGUUGUCACAAACCUUCAAUUUGUAAAAAGUGCAAUAUCUUUGAAGUGCAAUAAAGUGACUCGCAAGACAAUGAGGUGUGCC